AUGGACUACCCUCUCCCCGCGCUCGUCGCCAUUCCUGCCCUCCUCCUGACCCUGCUGUACGGCCUCUAUACAUGGCUGCUGCCGAAGCCCAUCCCGGGCAUCGCCUACAACCCAGAGGCGACUCGUUCCCUGUUUGGCGACGCUGGCAGCAUGCUCCGCGAGGUGCGCGCAACGGGCGAGUUUCGCGUCUGGUGCGCCAAGCAGGUCCGCAAGCUCAACGCCCCCCUCUGUCAGGUCUUUAUCCGCCCCUUUGGCGCUCCCUGGAUCCUGCUCGCCGACUUCCGCGAGGCGCGCGACAUCCUGACGCGGCGGCGGGAGGAGUUUGACAAGUCCUCGUUCCUGUCCGACGGGAUGGCCUGCAUGGGCGCCUUUCACGGCAUCUACCCCACGGGGCCCAAGUUCCGGUCCAACCGCCAGCUCAUCCAGGAUCUAAUGACAACGGGCUUCUUACAUGGCCACGUUGCCCCCGCCGUGUAUCGCAAGGGGCUCGAGGCGUUGACGUUGUGGCGGAUGAAGAGCGAGCUGGCCGAGGGACGCGCGUUCAGCGUCAAGCGGGACUUUGAGUACGUCUCGUUGGACGUCAUGGUCGAGUUUGCCAUGGGGGACAACUGGCAGGUGACUGCGCUGGGCCCGCAGAUUGAGCUGCUGAAGGGACUCCAGAAAGCCGAGGAAGAGGGCGUCGAGGGGUCAUGUCUGUUUCCCGCCGUGCCGUUGGCCGAGUUCUUGAACUCGGUCUACGAGGCCCCCGAGGUCGUCGAGAAGACGAUCAAUGCCCUUAUGCCCCGACUCCAGACCUGGUGGUGGUCCAAACAGAGCUGGUAUCGUAGGAUCUUUGACGAGAAAGAACGCGUGCUCAAGGCCCAGGUGGUCAUCGCUGUGCGCAACUAUCACGCCGGCCACGUCCGGACCGGACUGGAGCACAUGGUGGCGCGCGAGGCGGCUCGAACGGAGAAGGAGGGUCGCCAGCCUGACUUUGACAGCAGCAUCAUCCGCGACGAGAUCUUCGGCGACAUGGUCGGAGGCCAUCACACCACCAGCGGCGCCAUGAUGUGGGUAGCCAAGUACCUGACCGACCGGCCAGAGAUCCAGAGUCGCCUGCGUGAGGUCCUCUACGCGACCUUUGCGACGGCCCGGGCCGAAGACCGGCUCUUCACGUGCGAGGAAAUCCGUCUGGCCCGGCUUCCCUAUCUCGAUGCUGUCAUCGAGGAGAUGUUGCGCAUCAAUGCUGUUCCCGUCACCCGCGAGGCCAUGUGCGACACCACCGUCCUGGGGGUGCCCAUCAAAAAGGGCACCCAGGUGUUCUUCAUGUCCAACGGGCCGGGCUUCCUCUCACCCUCCCUGACGGUGGACGAGGCCCAGCGCACUGAGACCUCGCGUACGGCCAAGCUUCACGCCACCUGGGACGAGAGUCGGGAUCUGGCCCAAUUCGAGCCUGAACGGUGGCUCGUCCGCAAGAAGGAGGGGUCCGGAUGGCUGGCGGAGGACGUGGAUUUCGACGGUGCGGCAGGACCGCAGUUGGUCUUUGGCCUCGGCCCUCGCAGUUGCUGGGGCCGACGCCUGGCCUAUCUCGAGAUGCGGAUAAUUAUUGCGAUGCUGGUGUGGAGCUUUCGCCUGCUGGCCACUCCGCCGGCGGUGUCGGGUUAUGCAGGGCUGGAGGGGAUUGCGCGUGUGCCGCAGCAGUGCUACCUGCGGCUGGAGAAGAUCUAG